AUGUGCGGCCCAAUAGGCUCCGUCUUUGGGCUGGCAGUCUCGGCUUUUGGCAUCGCGUUCCUGUCCUUCCUCGCGAUCUUGAUCCGAAAUGACUACCCCUACGUCGGCGAAUGGUUUGAGCCCAAGGGUGAGGGCGGUGAGCCCCCGGUUCCCAUUGCAGAACAGAGGGCGGCUGCGGAGCAUGGCCUUUGGGUGGCGGUAGCCAUCUACGCCGUGCUGCUCAUCAUCUCCUCCUUGUCGGUGUGCCUGCACCGGGUGCGAGGCACCUUAUGA